AGCUUUUGAAAUGCGGGCUUUAGGUUGGGCGGUUUUCUGCUGACCGCCUCUGCGUUGACUCAUAGAAGGUGACUGGUACUCGCUAUCAGCACGCUCUGGAGCAAUGGCACCGCGUGUCAGCACCUAGCGACCACUUAAUUUUCGUAGACUGGUGUUUUCGACGAAGUCAAUAUCACUCUUGCUGUCCUCCUUUCCGCAGCACGGCCGCUUGUGACCACAAUCGACACUCGCCAAGUUUCGGUUUGUGCAAGAAUCUCUAACUGCAGUUCAAAGAAAAAGCUUGCACCAGAAGUACUCUACAAGCAAUCUUGGAGUUAUCAGUCUUUACAGCAAGGCGUUCGGGCGUCCGGGGUUGACAGUUUGCCAGAACGGUGCGUUCUACUGCCACGGUGGCACCGUGCGGGCCGGCUGAUUGACUUUACAUUUGUUCAUCCUUGAAAGCCAUCAUGGUGGGAACUGAAGGCAAGUCCGACAUGCCCCAAUUCGAGUACUGGACCAACCGUUGGAACAACGGGGACACGCCGUGGCAACUUGACGGAGUCUAUCCACUCUUAGAGAAGAACCAGGACGUCAUUUUGGCGGGAAAACAAAAUGCCCGGAUCUUUCUCCCCAUGUGUGGAAAGGCGCCAGAGUUGAAAUGGUUCUACGGCAAGGGCCAUCGCGUCGUUGGCGUGGAGUUCAUCGAAACGGUUGCCAGGAGUUAUUUUGUCGACAACUGCCUCCCUCUCGAUGAAGCCAAGUGUCCUAUACUCAAGUGCAAGAUUUUUCAGACUCCCGAGAAGAGGUUGCGGAUAUUCGUCUGCAGCGUGUUUGACUUCAACAAGUCAUGCGCCGGAGCAAUGGACAUUGUGUGGGACAGAGGAGCAUUGAGCUCAAUCGACGUGGAGCUCAGAGACAGAUACGUCACCUUGAUGAUGUCAUUGCUAUCACCAAACUUCUCCUACGCCUUGUGGACCAUGGUCUAUGAUAGUACUUACAAAGGUUUUCCCACAAGUAUGCCGGAGGCAGUUCUUCGGGAGCUAUUCGCAGGAAAAGGCAUAAAUCUACGUUUCAUCGGUUCGGAUGAUCCCACUUCGCGUCCUUACGCCACAUUCGUCACUACUCACCUCUGGCACUUGACGGAGUGAGGGUGACAAGACCUGGCCUCGGCGGCAUCAGCAGCGACCACUUCCACCACAACCGGCUUGCUUCGCAUCGCAAGACAGUUUUAUCGCUCCAUAGCUUCCGCUCUGUCAAUCCGACACCACCUAAAAGACAAAGGCUGCGCCUCUCCUCCCCAAAAGUCAUCUCUGGUGGAUCAACACAGCACCGCCUAUACCCUGCGUCAGCACCGCCGCCAGCACCUCUUGGAACAUCUAAAAACGGGCGCGACGAUGGGACCAAGACAACAACGUUAUGGGCGAUCCAGGAUCAUGCUCGUCGUGUUUGUGUGUAUGUUGUGUAAUUGCUGAACCAAGCACGUGCAGGGAAGCCCCCGUGACUCUCACCUUUCACGCUGUUUGAUUUGUCCUAUCAGCUCGUAGCGUCGGUUGCGUCCGGACGGGGUUGAAAAGAACUACUCUAAACGACUUAAUUUUCGCGAGGACCUAAUUUUAGCGAAUUCCGGGAAACGCCUACAAUUGGCGAAAAAUAGGUCCCAAGAACAAUCCCGGUAAAAUGUACACACAUUGGAAUCUAUAUUUAGAUCACACCGCGUCGCGAAAAUUAGAACUGCCGAAUUCUUUCAAAACUUCAGCUUUGGCCUAAAUCGCGAAAUAUUGAUCCCGCGAAAAAUAAGCUGUUUACAGUAUACUACGCGCUGACAAGACGGCCGCAUCUGCCGCUUUGCAGCGACUCCCGCCGGGCUUCAGCAUGCUUGCCGCUUGGGGCGGGUCGGGCGGGGAUCCACCGAAAAUGGCGUCAAGCUCUAGCCUCGUCUUUUAGAUGGUAUUGGUCAUUCCAGUUUGUUACUGACAAAUGUUGUUGAAAAUGCGCGCACCUUGUAUAUGCUUUUUUUCUUUUCUUUUAUCUUUGUUUAUUUAGGGAGUUUGGGAUACGCCGCGAUUCGACGGCUCUUGUGCUCUUUUGCUUUCUUUAUUGAUUGUAGAAAAAAAAUAUAAAGCUGCGUUCUGUCGACGCGAGCGUGUGUCCUUGCUUUCACCAAUUAUCCUGUCAUUAUUACACCAUGGUACUUGACGAAAUUAACCAUUUAGGCGGUAUCGGUAACACUUGCAUCACAACCGGACGCCCUGCAUCGCUAUAGACAAUAGGUAAUUUUCACAAGUGCGCACCAUGUAAUAGUUGCUGCUAAAAUCACCCGAGGCCGCCAUUGUUUGGGAAUGUACUUGAGCUGGAUAUUGGACUUCAACUCUGCUUAGCUGGGUUCGGGAACGAGUGCUUCGUCAUUGUUUGGCGAAGAAUUGAAUCUUUGGGUCGCUUCGUGCCUAAAAAUGGAUUAAUUAAUGGCGCUACCGGCGCCACCUGCGCCACCUAGCCAGAAAUGGCGACCGAUAAUGUUGCUUGAUUUGGUUUUGAAGAAUAUAUAUUGCUUUCUUCCCCCCGUCGAUCUGUACAGCCCGUAUGUCACUCAAUAUUAUUUUGUAAACACGACGAGAAACUUGGUCAAAUAAAUGAAACAAUACAGAGACUGUAA